GUGGAACAGAGAAAUUUGAAUAUAACUGGGAACAAUAUGGAGAGCAAGCUUACAUGUGCUCGUUCGAGACCGUUUUCCUCCAUGUGCCAUGAUAAACAAAAAUGGUUGACCAACACCACAUCCCACAUGUCUCUACAAAAGAUAUAGAGGAGGGAGAGCUUGUACCUCUUAAUUUGUCUGGCCCUGCCAAGCGGCUUGAGAUCAUAUCUGAAUGCAUUUGGGCUAGUACAGACACCAGAAAUGAUGUUAUGCGGAUAGUAUGUGAGCACAUGGCUCAGGAUCGUUUGAAGCAUCCUUUCUGGAUUGGCAAGUACUUCAUUCAGCCAGUCUCCAAAACUCUACAAGAGAAGGAGGAUGGUUCUGUCGAUACAUACAAAGUCAUCAUCUCUCAACCUACAGAGAAGAAAACAGAAGAUAAGAAGGUUGAGCAAAACAAAGCUGAGCUGAAAAGGGAUGUAGAUAUGAGUGAGGUAAAAGGUCUGCCCUUCCUCUCCAGAUGUUGUCCUGCAGGCUUACUCAAGGCUGAGAAAAAAGCACCUGAUGCUCCAGGACGGAUAAUGGUUAAUGGAAAGACAUACCCACAAGCCAAAUUAGAGCUGGGAAAGAUGGGAGCUUUGCACCCUGCCAACAGACUGGCAGCUUAUAUAACUGGGAGAAUAUGUCCAGUCAGUCAGUCUGGACCUAAUUUGGUAACAACAUCAACAGUUACAAAGGCCUCUAUCACAUCAAUUCCGGUCUCUACUGUCUCCACAUUAACUACAGUUACCAGCACGUCUGCUUCAAUAACCACACCGCUCAUCAAGUCUGUAGUGACCAAGCCCCCAGUGGGAAAGGUCUUCAACCAGUUUGUGGUCAACCACAUCAACUCUCAAAAUCUGACCAACACUAGCACCUCACACUUACAGCCUUCCGUUCCAAAAAUAGUCAUCCCCUCCUCCAUGCUGUUGAUUGGCAAGGAGGCUGGGGCUUCUGGGGUGGCUUUUUCUCCUCUUAAAGCAGGUUUGCUUACCCAGGUGUCUAAGCCCUCAGACUCCACAGGUAGCACCAGUUUUCCCACUGUAUCAAAAGUCCAAGCCCCUGCCAUAACCAACCUCACUAAAUCACCCAGCCUGCCUCUGGGUGUGUCUGGUCUAACUCCAACAACUACGGUCUCAUCACCUGGAUCGACCACUCCUGGGAAAAAGACUGUUUAUAUCACAGUUAUGUCCCGUAGUACAGGCCUCACCAGUAGUGUUCCAAGGUUUACAAAGCCUGUCACCCAGAGUUGUCCCCAACAGACCCCAGGCCAAAGGGUGCUGCUUCAGGUGGUGAAGACAGCUGAUGGCAACACAUUGUACCGUAAUCCUAAUGGCCAGCUCUUGCAGUUGGUGCCUCUGAGCCAAAUCAAAGCUAUCAAACCCAGCCUCCUAUCUCAAGGUCAACCAACCUUUAUUCGUUUGCCCGCAGCUACUUCUGUCAAUCCAAAAACGCCUCAGGGUGGCAGUGCUACCAUAGUCACAUCUUCCAGCCCAACACCACAAAUGCAGACAAAGCCUGCUGUCACUAUACCAGUCUCUACAUCUUCAUCUAUGAGUGGCAAGCCAGACACACUUACUGCAUCCAAGACGGUCACAGUGAGCAGCCUUCCUUCUACCCUUAAAGUUGUCCCAGGUUUUCUGGGACAGUCUGGCACUUGCACAUUAAGGAUUCUCCCAACAAAUCCUGUUCAAAACACAGGAAUUAUCUUUCCAACUUCCUCCCCUAUCCUCCCUCAGAGUGGCUUUACAUUGCUUAAGCAUGGAAGUUCAACGCUACUGAACCAAGACUCCACUAAGUCUAAGACUGCCGUUUCUGUUAGCUCAGUUUCAACAGAGGGGGCAGUCAGUCAUGUCCCUAACCAAUCUGAAAUGGAUCCUUCUAAACAAAAAAGCUGUGACAGUUCUGAACUAAUAGCAGAAAAUGUAUCAGAGCAUCCAUCUUCUGCUGCCUCCUCUCCAAAACCAAGUCAGUUUUCUGGAGAUGGUUCGAGUUUGGCUGAAGCUGGUAACAGAGCUAAUCCCAAAGUGAAAGAAACACAUUUUAACAUUGCUCCAGUUUCUGAAGAGGAAGAGAUUGGUUCGGAUGCAACAGAAUUAACUGAUGACUCUGACUUGUACAGUGAUGAUGACAGAGAAGAUGCAUGUAUAAUGAGUGAUUCUGAUAAAGAGGAGAGGAUGUUGGAUACAGAUGGUUUGGGCUCUGAGAUGAAAGAUUUUGCAGAGGUGGUGGUUGAUAUUGAGACUAUUGAAGAGUCUGCUGAUGAAAACAGUAUUACCAAACUUCAGGCAUCUGCAUUGAGGCGGAAUCAGCAUCAGAGGGACCGGAAGCACAUUAAUGAUGAAAUGUUGGAGGUGAGGGUCAAGAGAGUGAGGCUGGAGAGAAAGAGGCGCCACACAAUUAAAGAGUGCUUUCUUAAACUUCAGGAAACACUCGGAAAGCCUUCAAAAAAUCUUAAGACCUCCAAGAUGAGAAUCCUUACAAUGGCUCAAAAAGAGAUUGAGUCUCUGGUUAACCAGGAGGACCACUUAAUAGAAAGAAUAGCGAAGCUGCUAUUUAAGAGACAGCAUUACCUACAGACACUUUCACUAUUGUGUGACAAGAGCACAGAGGCCAUCAGCCAGAAGCUUAGUGAAAUUAUUACUAAACAAAAAUCUCUGGAAUCCCAGUCUAAUGCAAAAGAGAUGAAGUCCCAGCUGAACCAGGCAAUGCCCAAAUUUAAACCAAAACGUAAACUAGCUGAUCUUGGAAGUAAACCGAAAGGUUUAGCAUACCAGAACAAAUUGAAAGAUGUUCCCAAACCUACCUAUUCUCCUUCCAAACCAAUAGACUUGAGUAUUAAAAAACAAAAAAGCCUGGAACGAACUGAAAGUGUUUCCAAAUCCGCACCAGCCUCCCCUGCAAACGUCGAUGGUAGCAAAAACUCUCUUAAAACUCAGGAUAAAGAGAGAGGUAGUACAUCUGAACCUUCUCAGCCAUCCCUCAACUCCAGUCCACAAAAGAAACCUGUCUCUGUCCCUAGUCCUGUGAAACAUUCCCCAAUACCACGUGAGAGAACGAGGCCAAACAUUCUCUCCCGUGCCACAUCCCAGGUGAUACAAGGAUCUCCAGUCAAAGAACCUCUUAUAACUAAUGUGUGUAUACCUCAAGUAUUCCCUCUGAUGAAUUCCAUGGUUCCAUGCAAUCAAAUCAUAACCAUAAACAACCAACUUCAACCAAUUGGCAUCACCUCUGUAGGGACACAGCAAUCAUCCACACCAGGUGUUGCAUCUGUGUCCAUAAUUCCUGCAAUAUCUCACCCGGUUGGAGUGAAAAGUCCCCUUCCAUUGUUGCAGUCUCAGUUUAUUAAAAUUACAAACAGUCCUGUUAAUAUUAACACGCAAGUGGAUUACGCCAACGUUCCAAAUAUCACCAAUGUUAUUUCUCUGGUUCCACCGGCGGAGAAUCUGGUAAUACCACAGAAAGUUGUGGAAGAUACAUCUGUUGUCCAGGCACAGCAAACAUUUGUCCCUUCACCUGUGGAGAAUCAGCAGAACCCUUCAGAUGUUACAAUUCCUGAAUUGGAGGAAAGGGCAGUUGUAGAUGAGCCUCAAUCCAAGGAUGUCCCCAAACAACCUGUAGGAGGAGAUGAGAACAGUGCAUCUGUUACUUCAUCCAACCAAGAAGGACUGGACAAGAAAUGUCCGGAUGACUGCAACGAUCCUGAGGAUGAAAGUCUCAUGUCUUUGUUAGAUGAACUUGUUCUCCUUAGCCAGCAGCUGAGUAACGAAGAUGAAGAUCAGAGAAUUGUCGUGCCUGGCGAGGUACAGUCAUGUUCGGACAAGCAGGCAGAUGAAGAACGGGAUGAUGACCGUGCACUCAGUCCAUUGUUCCUAACUCUGGAUGAAGAUCUAAUGUCUCCAGACUCUAAAGAUGAAAUUGACAUCCCACCCAAAGUGGAUGACUUGGUCAAAGUCAUUUUUGGAUCAGAUUCACCUUCUGUUUCAUCUGAAUCUGGGGUUGCACCAUCAACAAAUGUUCAGAGUCCACAUGCCCCAACGUUCAAUGAUAAAGGUGAUGCCCCUACACUGCCACCUCUGUUGCACAUGAAAGCUGCAUGUGAAGCUGCAUCAGGGCAGUCUGCCAAUGAAGGGACCAGUGUGACAUGGCGGCCUAUGCCUAAACUGGUUCCUCUAGGGUUAAAGUCUCAAGACACUGUUUUGAAUAAGGUGACUGGCUCCCCAGUUCUCAAACCAGACUCAAACGAGGAAGAUGUUCAUAAACCACAAAUGUGAUCUACCAAUCAAUGAAUCAGGUAUAGCUGCUGCUUAUGUUUAAAAUGUUUAUGUACAGAAUAGUUUUUAAUGUUAUGUAUUUAUUGUUUGUUUGCUGUCAAUGUCCUGCUGCUGUGGGCACCACUUGCUGUGCCUCUGGUAAAUCCAAAGACUUUUGUUGAUUUAACCUUUUUUUGUUUUUUGAACACACAAACUUCUAGACCAGCUAGACAGAUGUCUGAUUGGUUUUGCUAGCAAUUGUGUAUCCACUCUUUGUGGUUAUAGCUGUGAAAGAAGCUGUUUACUCAUUCUAAGCUCCAUAUUGGAGCAUGUUGUUUUUUUCCCCAUUGGAGUUCAUUAAGAAAACAAAAGAAAAUGUUUACUUGGUCUUUAAAUAUAGGAUUACUUCUCCCUUAGCAUAAUGGAGGUGAAACUGAUCAUCAUUGUUUGCGUUGGGAAUUUUGUAUGGUCAUUAGGGCAGUUUUCCAGGCGACCUUUUUAGGUAUAAAUGAAUUUGCCCAGUGACUUUCAACAGUAAAGCCAUAUCACCCUUGAGUUUAUCUGCUAAUGAGAUUACACAAAUGUCAUUGUCUUUGCAUCUAGUUGAAACUAAAACCACUGUCGAUUAAACCCAUUUUCAUGAAUGCAUGUUAAGGCAAUAAUAGAUGUUAAAUUCAGAAAACAGUCUUUCUUCUUCUUAGAGAGUGCCUUUCAACAGGUUCUUCUAUAUGCAUAUUGGGACAUAGGUUUGUUUUAUUAGGAAAUAGUAAACCUAUAACAAUAGCACUAGGAGCUUACAGAUAAAAGAAGGAUAUAGUGUAUCCACUGCUGAGGUUUACUCUGAUGUUUAAGUAUUGUCUUUUUAUUAUUUUAACUGACUUUAUUUUUAUUUUUUUUAAGUAAUUGGUGAAGUUUGAAUGCAGACAGUUUAUUGCUCUUCAACGUUUUAGUUUUGAAAACCUUCUUUUAUUUCCCCCACCUCAACAGCAACAAAUUAUAAUGAAGCAUUUCAAAGGGUUGUAACGCUAAUUUCACACUUCCAAUAAGGUGGUUAACUUCAAGAGAUCCCUCAGUUUGAGCUUACAAAUGUAGUAAUCACUAUGCAAUUGUUUUGCUUUAGAUUUAGACAAAAUAGGUAAAGAAAAGCUACACAGGAAUGUUAAAAAACUAAAUACAAUUAGAUGCAGUCACUGUUUAUUUUCUUGUGUAUAUUUAAAGCAACAGGUUUUUUUGUAAGUAGGUUAGCUUGUUAAAUGUCUGUAUAUUUGUCUGUAAUUUAACUUCUUGGAUAUUGUAAAUAUGUAAUAUCUAUUCCUUUGUUAGUAUGCAAACUUAAAUACUUAUUUUUUUAUAUGUUAUAAAUCAGUGCUCUCUCUUUUGUAAAAUAGAUGGAUGUCUUUUCAAGUUAAUAAAGAUGAACUCAAGUCUA